AUGGCGCGGGUGUCGGUGCUGGGCGUUUUGGUGCUGGAAAACCCGAGCCCCUUUAGCCACCCGCUACGUUUCCAGGUGCAGUUCGAGUGCGGAGAGGCUUUGCCGCACGACUUGGAGUGGAAGAUCAUUUAUGUGGGCUCGGCUGAGAGUGAAGAGUAUGACCAAGUUCUUGACUCUGUGCUAGUGGGACCAGUUCCAGCUGGGAGGCACAUGUUUGUAUUUGAAGCCAAUGCCCCCAACCAUGGUCUAAUCCCUGAGAGUGAUGCUGUGGGAGUUACAGUGAUACUCAUCACCUGCACUUACCUGGGCCAGGAAUUCAUCCGCAUUGGCUACUAUGUCAAUAAUGAGUAUAUGGAUCCAGAACUAAGAGAGAAUCCACCCAUCAAACCAGACUUUUCUCAGCUGCAGAGGAAUAUCCUGGCAUCCAACCCUCGUGUCACUCGUUUCCACAUCAAUUGGGAUGGUCCCAGAGACCAAAUGGACAAUAUUGAAAAUGUGGAUCCAGAACAGGAUGGCUUCUUGUCCCCUAACUGUGCCUACAUCAAGGGACUGGCGCCUUCGAUGGGUCUUCAACCUGAGAAUUCCAUGGACUGUAUGUGAAUACUGCCAGUGAGGCAACUGAAUUCCUAAAUGGUCUCUCUGAGUCAAAAUUUUCUGAGCCCUUGUCUUAUUGGCGCUCAGCAACGUGAUUUCCUGGCUAUAAGCUUGCAGUUCUGCCACAGGAUUUUGUGCUUGAGACCUGCACCCUCUGUUCUCGACAGCCACCUAGUGCAGCAACUGAGUAAGCAAAAAUCCUGUCGUCUCCCCUAUUUUUGCCAAAUCUUCUGGAGUCCAGGAGUAAUGUGCAGUGCCACAUUGCUCUUUUUUUCUUGAGAGUCAAGCACAGUAGACACCUCUAUUUCAAGAGCUUGAGUCUUCCUUUGCUCUUUUAGUUCUGAUAGAGGUGAGCCUCAGGGACCUACUGCCAACAUAAUGGCUAGAUAUUGCGACCUGGUCUUGAUGCCUCUCAUCAGAAGCUUAGAAUCUCUUUGACCCAAUUUUGCAGCCAUUGUUCUACUGUUGCACUUAGCAUCAGAGGUGACUAAAGUCUCUUAUAUGAGUUGGAAGCAGAGGAAGGGGUUAUUUCUUAUUAUGUGUGUGGGGGGGUCCUGUUGCUGCUUUUGCAAGCUCUCAUUUUGGGCUUGCCCCGGCUACCCAUCUUUGUAUUACUAUCCCCAACAGUAUCCUUUCCAUGGCCAGAAUUGGCAGGAAUGUUAUCUCCUGCAAGCAGUGUCAGAGUUUACAAAGUCCACAGGUGCUCUUGCCUACAGGAGUAUUGAACAUACCUUUCUCUCAUAAGGUCAGGUUUGGUCCUCAGGCAAUUAGGUUAAUGUGUAGUCUACACUUAGCAAGUUCCUCUCAAAACUCCUCACUUUUAUUAGGAUCUCCAUUAGGGCAAUGUUUACAUCUUUGAGAUGGGAAAGUUCUUUUUCUGGCCUCCCUCCCAUCUGUUUCUUUACUUUCAGUGACUGCAUGCCCUGGUACUUGGCCUAUUUUGCUCUCUGAAAUUUCAGAGAUUUGUGCUGCAUACAGGUCUUUUUAAUCAUUUUACAUUGUGGAACUGAUGUUCAAUUAAUAAAACUUC